CGGAAAACAUUACACAGGGGAGCGGAAAAAAAAAAGGGAACUCGAAUUGGGGGAAGAAAGAGAGAGAGAGAGAGAGAGGGGCAAAUCGAAUCGAAUCCAGCCGGGGAGAAGCGUGGAGGAGGGCGGCGGAAUCGGCGCCGGCGGCAGGCAUGGAGGACCUGAGCGUGGAGGAGCUCGCCUCCAACCUCUCCACCUACAAAGAGCAGCUCCGCGAGGUUAAGAAGCUCAUCAAGGAGAAAAAGGAUGACCCUGGAAUUUCUGAAUAUAUUGAUAUGGAGAAAGAGCUUCAAGAGGUCAUAACAUUAACCGAAGAGAUUUUGGCAACUGCAAAGCAAACUGAGAGUGCCCAGAAUGCUGCAGGUCUAUCACCACCAAAUUAUUCAGCUGGAGCACAGUCUGAGGGACUGGAUGACCUGUCACAUUCCCAUAAGUUUGCCGUCGGUACUAGAGUUCAAGCUGUGUGGAGUGAAGAUGGGGAAUGGUAUAAUGCAACAGUUGAAGCUUUGACACCAAAUGGAUAUUAUGUAGCCUACGAUGGCUGGGGAAACAGGGAAGAGGUGGACCCAGAUAAUGUGAGGCUGCUUGAGGAAGAAGCAGCUGAUGCCUUGAGACAAGCUGAAAAGGAAGCUGAAGCUACAAAAAUGGCAAUAAAGAGAAAAAUCGAACAGGCAGCAACAUCUGAUUUUCAGGCGCGUAGCUUGCCUGCCAAACUUCGUAUCGAACCAAGUGAUCCUGAGGAUGUUAAAGCUGCAAAGCGUAAGAAAAUACAUGCCUUCAAAUCAAAAGCCCGCUUUGAGCAACUUGAAUUUGCACAAAACAAGCGGCAGAAUGCAUGGCAGCAGUUUCAAACCAAAGGGAAAUCCAAAAAGGUGGGUUUCUUCUCUGGUCGCAAGAAGGAGAGCAUCUUCAAGUCACCGGAUGACCACAGAGGUAAGGUGGGUGUCACUGGGAGUGGCAAAGGUCUGACUGACUUCCAGAGGAGGGAGAAGCAUCUACACCUUAAAGGUGGCUCUGGGGAUGCAGCGGAUGACGAGGAAUAAACCCAACCGGCAUGUGACUGUUAGCUUGUGAGUGUAUCACCAAACAGACAUUUCUAUGGCUGUUUAGUGCCGACCUGGUCUCCAGGGGAGCCUGUUGUACUCUUGACUUGUGGAAACUAGAAAUAUCAAUGUUUGUGCCAUUCUAUAUAUAGAGAUGCUGUUGCCUUCGGGCGCCCCCCUCCGCUCAUUGUUGAAUGUUGCUGUUGUUUUAAAGCUGCCUUUUGGUGGCAUUUGGUUUUGGUUUUUUAACUAUCGAGGGACAAGUGGUCAACCCGUCGAUAUAAAAGUAGUAUGUAUGGUGUAAUGUUUGUUCAAUAUUCCUGGAGCUCUGCUCCUCAACUGUACCCUUGCUGA